AUGUUCCGUCCAAUGAUCCUGCGAAAGCUGUACUCUAGUACAUCUGGGAUCAUCAGGAAUGGCCCUUUCAGAAGAUUAGGACCAAGUAAAAAUAGUGCUCCACAGGUGAUACGGGCUGAAAAGCUAUUCGACGACCGGAUUGAGACAACUUUCAUCCAGCCACACCAUCCGGUGGCAACGACCAUAUUGAAUGAGCCAACCAUCGUUAUCGAGCGUCAACUAGAGAUGAUGAAUGUGUUCCUUGGAUACGAACAAGCAAACAAAUAUGCAAUCAUGGAUGUGAUGGGCAACAGAAUAGGCUACAUGCAAGAGAGGGACUUUUCGAUUGGCAAGGCAAUUUUACGACAAAUAUACAAAUUGCAUAGACCGUUCACGGUAGAUGUCUUUGACAAUUGGGGUAACGUCAUUUUAACCAUAAGGAGGCCUUUCUCCUGGAUAAAUUCGCACAUCAAAGCAUUUCUGCCACCUCCAAUGAUCAUUGAACGAGAACAUUUGAGCGAAUCGAACGCGUCCGGACGCCAGGUGCACAGUUCUUCAUUUGGAAAUGUUCCCAGGCCUCAGUUCAUUAAUAAAGCCCAUGAAGAUGGCAUUCUUGUUGGUGAGUCAAUCCAAAAUUGGCAUCUCUGGAGACGUCGUUAUGAGCUGUUCCAGAGAGACGCAGAUUCCGAAUCCUCCUUCUCUCAGUACGGUCAGAUCGAUGCUCCAUUUUUGUCAUUUGAGUUCCCAGUAAUGGACCAGGAAGCCAAAAUCAUCGCAGGAGUAGACAGGAACUGGGUUGGCUUAGGCAGAGAGCUCUUCACGGAUACCGGUGUCUAUAUAGUGAGGUUUGACUCCAGACGAAGCUUCGAGAACGUCUAUCCACCGGAACUGAUCAGUAGUUCCGUACUGAAUCUCGACCAGAGGGCUGUUCUGCUGGCAAAUGCCGUCUCUAUCGAUUACGACUAUUUUUCAAGGCAUUCGAGACACAACGGAGGGCUCUUAUCGUUCGGAAGUUACGAUGAGUAA